GCUUUGAAAUGCUUUGUCGUAGUAGAAACUGCUGGAAACUUGACAGCGAGGAGAUGUCACUGAAUGAAUGAGGAGCUUAAAGACAGAUGUUUUUACUUGUCACUUAAACACUUUGCUGUUAGGUUUGAACCAGAGAGACAUUUUGACAGACACGGCUUUUCUCUUUUUCUUUUAAAACUUAUGCUAACUGCUAAAAACAAGACCCGCCUCAUCAUGCUGCCCUGGGGAUGAAGUGACGGACAACAGGGAAGGAGUUCACAUCAAAGUAAAGUCGAAUUAUUUAGUGAGCCAUACACUAGUUAAGCUAGUUAGCAUCGCUUGUUGCUUGGCGUGUUUUCUGUUUGAACUGACGGGUGCUAACGAGGGGAAAGUUAGCUGACAGCUAGCCAGCACCGCCUUCUGCUUCCGUCGGAGCUGAGUUCAAGGUCCAGGUCAGAGUUGAGGAAAAAACAUAAACACGCCAGUUCAGCUAACGGCGCGAGCCUCGGGUUAAAAUGUCAGAGUCCGGGGGCGACAGCCGCGUUAAAACGUUGAAUUUUAACGUCGGGGUGCUCGGACAUGUCGACAGCGGGAAGACGUCGCUGGCCCGGGCGCUGAGCAGCACCGCCUCCACGGCCGCCUUCGACAAGAACCCGCAGUCCCGCGAGAGGGGCAUCACGCUGGACCUCGGCUUCUCCUCCUUCACGGUGGAUCUGCCCGAUCAGCUGCGGGCCAGCGACGGACAGCAGCCGUACGACAGCCUGCAGUUCACCCUGGUGGACUGUCCGGGACACGCCUCCCUCAUCCGCACCAUCAUUGGAGGUGCCCAAAUCAUUGACCUGAUGAUGCUGGUGGUGGAUGUGGUGAAGGGGAUACAGACUCAGACGGCAGAGUGUCUCCUGAUAGGAGAGCUGACCUGCCCUCGCAUGGUGGUCGUCCUGAACAAGAUUGACCUCCUGCCACCCAACAAAAGACAGAGCGCCAUUGAGAAGAUGACCAAGAGACUGCACAAAACACUGGAGACCACAAGAUUUAAGGAAUGUCCCGUGAUUGCUGUGGCAGCAAAGCCCGGGGGCCCAGAGGCCCCUGACACAGACGAGCCACAGGGAUUGCCCCAGUUAAUAGAGCUCCUGAAGAAGCAGACGUACCUCCCUCAGAGAGACCCUGCAGGUGACCUUCUGAUGGCUGUGGACCAUUGCUUCUCCAUCCGUGGUCAGGGAACCGUCAUGACCGGCACCAUCCUGCAAGGGUCGUUGGCCAUCAACGACACUGUGGAAAUCCCAGCACUGAAGGUGACCAAGAAGAUCAAAUCGGUGCAGAUGUUUCGGAAGCCAGUGUCGGGGGCAAUGCAGGGGGAUCGUGUGGGCGUGUGUGUGACACAGUUUGACCCUAAACUGUUGGAGCGGGGUGUGGUGUGCACCCAAGGGUCCCUGCACACAUUCUAUGCAGCUGUCAUCUCUGUCAGGAAGAUAGGCUACUUCAAGGGUUCUCUUGCCACCCGUGCCAAGUUCCACAUCACCAUGGGUCACGAGACAGUCAUGGCGAAGGUUACCUUUUUUGGCCUGCCACCUGUAGUUGCCUCCGAGUCCCCAGCCGAAACUAAAGCACCUCCAUCACUGCCCUGCUCUCUUGAAACUCCUUUCACCUGUGACAGGCAGUACCUCUACCAGGAUGAGUAUGUCACAGGUCAGGGAGAGUCGAGUUCAGGACCUGACCCAGAGCAAUGGGCCUUGUUAGAGUUUGAGCGGCCUGUCACAUGUCCUUCCCUCUGCCUUGUGAUUGGCUCCAAGCUGGACAGAGACAUCAAUGCCAAUGCAUGUCGGUUAGCCUUCCAAGGCCGUCUGUUACAGGGGUUUGAAGAUAAAAGCUAUGCAGAGACUGCCCUGCCUCAUCUGCACAUCUACAAGACCAAACACAAGGAGGGACAGGUGGAGAGGGUGAGUGAUGACUACACUGUGAUUGGCCGCAACCUGUUCAAGAAGGAGACCAACCUCCAGCUCUUUGUGGGGUUGAAGGUCACACUGUCGACGGGCGAGAGCGGCGUUAUCGAGGGUGGGUUUGGACAGAGCGGGAAGUUCAAGAUUCGGAUACAAGAGGGUCUUCACCCGGAAACCAAGCAGCUGUUAUCCUCCACCUCUAAGAAGAAAGGAAAAGGUGGAAGCAAAAGUAGUCCAGGAAAUGAAGAGGAGUCCAAAGCAGAUUCUCAGCCUGUUGGCAUCCACUUACAUUUUAAACGUUAUAUCUUUGAUCCCCACAAAAAGAUGGUGCAGUCCUGAUUUCUAUUGCGAACACUUGGGCCUGACUCGGUGUCACAGUGCUGGAGACGGAGAGAAAGAGACGGCCUCAGAGGUCACGUAGAGGUGAGGGGGAUACUGGCCUCGAUACCAGGGCUGCGUAACUUUCUUCAAUUAGCCUGUUUUCUGCAGUUGGCGACAGUCUGCUGAAAUGCAAUGAUUGUGGAAUGCUGAAUGCAUUUGAAACAGUGGUUGUUUUUAUCUUCCUUUAUGGAGAUGGACUUAAUCCAGUUUGCUUCCAUCACAAGGGUGGAAGCUUCUGUACCUGAUGCUUUUGAUUUGUAUCACAAAAUCACUUUUCUUUUCCUCUUUGUUGAACGAGUCUGAAUCGAUUCCUUUCAUUAGCAGCAAACUUUUUUUUCCCCUGGAUGUUUCCAGUUUAGCUGAGUCCUAAUUGGCCUAAACACAUUUUCUGGCAUCAUAGCUUCAUUUAAAUCUAUAUCCUCAGUGCCUGCGUCACUCCAGAUCAUGUCCUGUUUCAGGUUUGGAUAUAUUGGCCACUGCUCUGUGAUUUCAGAAUGUUUCCAUAUUUCAAUGUUUUUUUCUUCUCACUUUAUUUUCUUUUAUCGUAUUUUGUAGAGCUGCAUUUUAGCCCUGAAUAGCAAUUACAUCAGCAGUUGCUUGAGUUGAAUUGAAUCCUAAUCAUUGACAAAUAAACACAGAUCUAUCCUGAA